GCAGGACCGCAGGGGCUGCCGGGACGGGCCCAAGAUGGCCGAGCACCUGGGUUCCGCUUCUGCCCGCGGCCCGGAGCCUCAUUCAUUGCCGCGCUGCUGAGCGGCGCCGCGAGCCGGCCCGAGGGCUCCGGGGACUGUCCCCGCGGGGCAGGAGGCCGCCAUGGCGACCCUGGAAAAGCUGAUGAAGGCCUUCGAGUCCCUCAAGUCCUUCCAGCAGCAGCAGCAGCAGCCGCCGCCGCCACCUCAGCCCCCUCAGCCGCCGCCGCAGGCGCAGCCGCCGCCGCCUCAGCAGCAGCCGCCGCCGCCGCCGCCCCCGCCGCCGCCCGGCCCGGCCGCGGCCGAGGAGCCGCUGCAUCGACCAAAGAAAGAACUCUCAGCCACCAAGAAAGACCGUGUGAAUCAUUGUCUGACAAUAUGUGAAAACAUAGUGGCGCAGUCUCUCAGAAAUUCUCCAGAAUUUCAGAAACUUCUGGGCAUCGCUAUGGAACUUUUUCUGCUGUGCAGUGAUGACGCAGAGUCAGAUGUCAGGAUGGUGGCUGACGAAUGCCUCAACAAAGUCAUAAAAGCUUUGAUGGAUUCUAAUCUUCCAAGGUUACAGUUAGAACUCUAUAAGGAAAUUAAAAAGAACGGUGCUCCUCGGAGCCUGCGUGCUGCCCUGUGGAGGUUUGCUGAGCUGGCUCACCUAGUUCGGCCUCAGAAAUGCAGGCCUUACUUGGUAAACCUUUUGCCUUGCCUGACUCGAACAAGCAAAAGACCUGAGGAAUCUGUUCAGGAGACCUUGGCUACAGCUAUACCCAAAAUUAUGGCUUCUUUUGGGAAUUUUGCAAAUGACAAUGAAAUUAAGGUUCUGUUAAAGGCUUUCAUAGCAAAUCUGAAGUCAAGCUCCCCUACCAUUCGGCGGACAGCAGCUGGCUCAGCAGUGAGCAUCUGUCAGCACUCAAGAAGGACGCAGUAUUUUUAUACCUGGCUACUAAAUGUACUCUUAGGUUUGCUAGUUCCUGUCGAGGAUGAACACUCCACCCUCCUGAUUCUUGGAGUGCUGCUCACAUUGCGGUAUUUGGUGCCAUUGCUACAGCAGCAGGUCAAGGACACAAGCCUGAAAGGCAGCUUUGGGGUGACACGGAAAGAAAUGGAAGUCUCUCCCUCGACAGAGCAGCUUGUCCAGGUUUACGAAUUGACCUUGCGUUAUACUCAGCACCAAGACCACAAUGUGGUGACUGGAGCAUUAGAACUCCUGCAGCAGCUCUUCAGAACCCCUCCUCCGGAGCUCCUGCAAGCUCUGACCACGGCAGGUGGCCUUGGGCGGCUCGCUGCGGCUAAAGAUGAGCCCAGUUGCCGAAGUCGUAGCGGGAGUAUUGUGGAACUUAUAGCCGGAGGGGGUUCUUCAUGCAGCCCUGUCCUUUCAAGAAAACAAAAAGGGAAAGUGCUCUUGGGAGAAGCAGCAGCCUUGGAGGAGGACUCUGAGUCAAGGUCUGACAGCAGCAGCCCAGCCUUUGCAGCCUCAGUCAAGGGUGAGAUUGGUGGUGAGCUGGCUGCCUCUUCAGGGGUCUCCACUCCUGGCUCUGCUAGCUCAGCCGCUGACUCUGCGGGUCACGACAUUAUCACCGAGCAGCCCCGGUCACAGCAUACACUGCAGCCAGACUCAGUGGAUCUGACUGGCUGUGACUUGACGAGCGCUGCCACCGAUGGGGAUGAGGAGGACAUCUUGAGCCACAGCUCCAGCCAGAUCAGCGCUGUCCCGUCUGAUCCUGCCAUGGACUUGAAUGAUGGGACGCAGGCAUCCUCGCCCAUCAGUGACAGCUCACAAACCACCACUGAAGGGCCGGAUUCGGCCGUGACCCCUUCGGACAGUUCUGAAAUUGUGUUAGAUGGUCCUGAUGGCCAGUAUUCGGGGAUGCAGAUCGGACAGCCGCGGGACGAGGGUGAGGAGGCCGCAGGUCUUCUUCCCGAUGAAGACGUGGAUGCUUUCACAGACUCCGCAGUUGCCCUUCAACAAGCACAUUUGUUGGAAAGGCUGGGCCACAGCAGGCAGCCCUCUGACAGCAGUAUAGAUAAAUUUGUCUCAAGAGAUGAAGCUACUGAACCAGGAGAUCAAGAAAACAAGCCUUGCCGGAUCAAAGGAGACAUAGGACGAUCUGCUGAUGAUGAUUCUGCUCCUCUCAUCCACUGUGUCCGCCUUUUGUCUGCUUCGUUUUUGCUAACUGGGGAAAAAAAUGCCUUAGUCCCGGACAGGGACGUGAGGGUCAGUGUGAAGGCGCUGGCCCUCAGCUGUGUGGGAGCUGCUGUGGCCCUUCAUCCAGAAUCUUUCUUCAGCAAACUUUAUAAAGUACCUCUUGAAACCACGGAAUACCCUGAGGAGCAGUAUGUCUCAGACGUCUUGAACUACAUUGACCAUGGAGAUCCGCAGGUCAGAGGAGCCACAGCCAUUCUCUGUGGGACCCUUGUCUACUCCAUCCUCAGCAGGUCCCGCUUCCAUGUGGGAGACUGGGUGGCCACCGUUAGAACACUGACAGGAAAUACGUUUUCUCUGGUGGACUGCAUUCCUUUGCUGCAGAAAACUUUGAAGGAUGAAUCUUCUGUUACUUGCAAGUUGGCUUGUACAGCUGUGAGGCACUGCGUCAUGAGUCUUUGUAGCAGCAGCUAUAGUGAAUUCGGAUUGCAGCUGAUCACUGAUGUGCUGACUCUGAGGAAUAGUUCCUAUUGGCUGGUGAGGACAGAGCUUUUGGAAACUCUUGCAGAGAUCGACUUUAGGUUGGUGAGCUUUUUGGAGGCAAAAGCGGAAAACAUACACAGAGGGGCUCAUCAUUACACAGGGCGGUUAAAACUGCAAGAACGAGUGCUCAAUAAUGUUGUCAUCUAUUUGCUUGGGGAUGAAGACCCCAGGGUGCGACAUGUUGCUGCAGCUUCAUUAAUGAGGCUUGUCCCAAAGCUGUUUUAUAAAUGUGACCAAGGACAAGCUGAUCCAGUAGUGGCUGUGGCAAGAGAUCAAAGCAGUGUUUACCUGAAACUUCUCAUGCAUGAGACGCAGCCUCCAUCUCACUUCUCCGUCAGCACGAUAACCAGAAUAUAUAGAGGCUAUAACUUACUACCAAGCAUAACAGAUGUCACUAUGGAAAAUAACCUCUCGAGAGUUAUUGCAGCGGUUUCUCAUGAACUAAUCACAUCAACCACGCGAGCGCUCACAUUUGGAUGCUGUGAAGCUCUGUGUCUUCUUUCAACUGCCUUUCCAGUUUGCGUUUGGAGUUUGGGGUGGCACUGUGGAGUGCCCCCUCUGAGUGCCUCAGAUGAGGCCAGAAAGAGCUGUACUGUUGGGAUGGCCACGAUGAUCCUUACCCUGCUGUCGUCAGCGUGGUUCCCGUUGGAUCUCUCAGCCCAUCAAGAUGCUUUGAUUUUGGCUGGAAACUUGCUUGCAGCCAGUGCCCCCAAAUCUCUAAGAAGUUCAUGGACCUCUGAAGAAGAGGCCAACCCAGCAGCCACCAAACAGGAAGAGAUCUGGCCAGCUCUGGGUGACCGGACCCUAGUGCCCAUGGUUGAGCAGCUCUUCUCCCACCUGCUGAAGGUGAUUAAUAUCUGUGCACAUGUCUUGGAUGAUGUGGCUCCUGGACCAGCAAUAAAGGCAGCCUUGCCAUCUCUAACAAACCCCCCUUCUCUAAGUCCAAUCCGACGAAAGGGAAAGGAAAAAGAACCGGGAGAGCAGGCUUCUGUACCAUUGAGUCCCAAGAAAGGCAAUGAAGCCAGUCCAGCUUCUCGACAAUCUGAUACCUCAGGGCCUGUUCCAGCAAAUAAAUCCUCAUCACUGGGAAGUUUCUAUCAUCUUCCUUCAUACCUCAAAUUGCAUGAUGUCCUGAAAGCUACUCAUGCUAACUACAAGGUCACCUUGGAUCUUCAGAACAGCACUGAAAAGUUUGGGGGAUUUCUGCGCUCUGCCUUGGACGUUCUCUCUCAGAUUCUAGAAUUGGCAACACUGCAGGACAUUGGGAAGUGUGUUGAAGAGAUUCUGGGAUAUCUGAAAUCCUGCUUCAGUCGAGAACCAAUGAUGGCAACUGUUUGUGUUCAACAGUUGUUGAAGACUCUCUUUGGGACAAACUUAGCCUCCCAGUUUGAUGGCUUGUCUUCCAACCCCAGCAAGUCUCAAGGCCGAGCACAGCGCCUUGGCUCUUCCAGCGUGAGGCCAGGCUUGUACCACUACUGCUUCAUGGCUCCAUACACCCACUUCACCCAGGCCUUAGCCGACGCCAGCCUGAGGAACAUGGUGCAGGCGGAGCAGGAUCACGACACCUCAGGGUGGUUUGAUGUACUCCAGAAAGUGUCUACCCAACUGAAGACAAACCUCACGAGCGUCACAAAGAACCGUGCAGAUAAGAAUGCUAUUCAUAAUCACAUUCGUUUAUUUGAGCCUCUUGUUAUAAAAGCUUUAAAACAGUACACUACAACAACAUCUGUACAGUUACAGAAGCAGGUUUUGGAUUUACUGGCACAGCUGGUUCAGUUACGGGUUAAUUACUGUCUUCUGGAUUCAGAUCAGGUGUUUAUUGGAUUUGUGCUGAAGCAGUUUGAAUACAUUGAAGUGGGCCAGUUCAGGGAAUCAGAGGCAAUUAUCCCAAACAUCUUUUUCUUCCUGGUAUUACUAUCUUAUGAACGCUAUCAUUCAAAACAGAUCAUCGGAAUUCCCAAAAUCAUUCAGCUCUGUGAUGGCAUCAUGGCCAGUGGGAGGAAGGCUGUGACACAUGCCAUACCAGCUCUGCAGCCCAUAGUCCAUGACCUCUUCGUAUUAAGAGGAACCAAUAAAGCUGAUGCAGGAAAAGAGCUUGAAACCCAAAAAGAGGUGGUGGUGUCAAUGUUACUGAGACUCAUCCAGUACCAUCAGGUGUUGGAGAUGUUUAUUCUAGUCUUGCAGCAGUGCCACAAGGAGAACGAAGACAAGUGGAAACGGCUGUCUCGACAGAUAGCCGACAUCAUCCUCCCGAUGUUAGCCAAACAACAGAUGCACAUUGAUUCUCACGAGGCCCUUGGAGUGCUGAACACUUUAUUUGAGAUCCUGGCCCCUUCCUCCCUGCGCCCCGUGGACAUGCUGUUACGGAGUAUGUUUGUCACUCCAGAUACAAUGGCAUCUGUCAGCACUGUUCAACUGUGGAUAUCAGGAAUCCUAGCCAUUUUGAGAGUUCUAAUUUCCCAGUCAACUGAAGAUAUUGUCCUUUCUCGUAUUCAGGAGCUUUCCUUCUCUCCAUAUUUAAUCUCCUGUCCAAUAAUUAAUAGAUUAAGAGAUGGGGACAGUAAUUCAACACCAGAAGAACAAGGUGAAGGGAGACAAGUGAAGAAUUUACCAGAAGAAACAUUUUCAAGGUUUCUACUACAACUGGUUGGCAUUCUUUUAGAGGACAUUGUUACAAAACAGCUAAAAGUGGAAAUGAGUGAGCAGCAACAUACCUUCUAUUGCCAAGAACUAGGCACGCUGCUGAUGUGUCUGAUCCACAUCUUCAAGUCUGGAAUGUUCCGGAGAAUCACAGCAGCUGCCUCUAGACUCUUCACUGCUGACGGCGCCGAUAGCAGUUUCUACGGCCUGGAGAGCUUGAAUGCGCGGGUGCGCUCCAUGGUCCCCACACACCCGGCCCUGGUGCUGCUCUGGUGUCAGAUCCUGCUGCUUGUCAGCCACACUGACUACCGCUGGUGGGCAGAGGUGCAGCAGACCCCCAAACGACGCAGUCUGUCCAGCACAAAGUCCCUCUGUCCCCAGAUGUCUGGAGAGGAGGAGGAUUCUGAUUUGGCAGCCAAACUUGGAAUGUGCAAUAGAGAAAUAGUACGAAGAGGAGCUCUCAUUCUCUUCUGCGAUUAUGUUUGCCAGAACCUGCAUGACUCAGAGCACUUAGCGUGGCUCCUUGUGAACCACGUUCAGGAUCUGAUCGGUCUGUCCCAUGAGCCUCCCGUGCAGGAUUUCAUUAGUGCGGUUCAUCGGAAUUCUGCUGCCAGCGGCCUCUUCAUCCAGGCCAUUCAGUCUCGUUGUGAAAAUCUUUCCACUCCCACCACUCUGAAGAAAACUCUUCAGUGUUUGGAAGGGAUCCACCUCAGCCAGUCGGGUGCUGUGCUGAUGCUGUAUGUGGACAAGCUUUUGUGUACUCCGCUCCGUGUGCUGGCUCGCAUGGUUGACACCCUUGCUUGUCGCCGGGUAGAAAUGCUUUUGGCUGCAAAUUUACAGAGCAAUAUGGCCCAGCUGCCAGUGGAAGAACUCAACAGAAUCCAGGAAUACCUUCAGAACAGUGGGUUAGCCCAGAGACACCAAAGGCUCUACUCCCUGCUGGACAGGCUUCGUCUCGCCACUGCACCAGGAUCAUGUGGCCCUUCUCCUCCGGUCACAUCCCACCCGCUGGACGGGGAUGGACCCCUGGCUCUGGAGACAGUUAAUCCAGACAAAGACUGGUACAUACGCCUAGUCAAAUCCCAGUGCUGGACUAGGUCAGAUUCCGCACUGCUGGAAGGGGCAGAGCUGGUGAAUCGGCUUCCUCCCGGGGACAUGAGUGCAUUCAUGAUGAACUCGGAGUUCAACUUAAGCCUCUUAGCCCCAUGCUUGGGCCUGGGCAUGCGUGAAAUUUCUGGAGGCCAGAAGAGUCCCCUAUUUGAAGCUGCUCGAGUGGUAACUCUGGACCGUGUGACCAGCAUGGUUCAGCAGCUGCCUGCUGUCCAUCAAGUUUUCCAACCAUUCCUACCCGUGGAGCCCAGUACCUACUGGGGCAAAGUGAAUGAUCUAUUUGGGGAUGCUGUAUUGUAUCGGUCUCUGACCACUCUGGCCCGAGCACUGGCCCAGUACCUGCUGGUGUUCUCCAAACUGCCCAGCCACUUGCACCUUCCUCCUGAGAAGGAGAAGGACACUGUGAAGUUUGUGGUCAUGACACUCGAGGCCCUGUCAUGGCAUUUGAUGCACGAGCAGAUCCCGCUGAGUCUGGAUCUCCAGGCGGGCCUGGACUGCUGCUGCCUGGCUCUGCAGCUGCCUGGCCUCUGGAGUGUGCUCUCCUCCCCAGAGAUGGUGACCCACGCCUGCUCCCUCAUUCACUGUGUCCGGUUCCUCCUGGAAGCCAUUGUGGUGCAGCCUGGGGACCAGCUUCUUAGUCCAGAAAGAAGGACGAACACCCCAAAGGCUGCCAGAGAGGAUGAAGUAGAUUCAAAUACACUAAACCCUAAGUAUAUCACUGCAGCCUGUGGGAUGGUGGCAGAAAUGGUGGAGUCUUUGCCAUCCGUGUUGGCCUUGGGUCAUAAAAGGAAUAGCAGCACUCCAGCCUUUCUCACGUCGGUGCUCAAGAACAUCAUCAUCAGCCUGGCUCGCUUACCCCUCGUCAACAGCUACACACGCGUCCCUCCCCUGGUGUGGAAACUUGGAUGGGCACCCAAACCAGGAGGGGAUUUUGGCACAGCGUUCCCCGAGAUCCCCGUGGAGUUCCUCCAGGAAAAGGAAGUCUUCAAAGAGUUCAUCUACCGCAUCAAUGCGCUAGGGUGGACCAGCCGUACCCAGUUUGAGGAAACGUGGGCCACCCUCCUUGGUGUCCUGGUGACUCAGCCACUCGUGAUGGAACAGGAGGAGAGCCCACCAGAAGAAGAUACAGAGAGGACUCAGAUCAAUGUCCUGGCCGUGCAGGCCAUCACCUCCCUGGUGCUGAGUGCGAUGACUGUGCCCGUGGCCGGCAACCCAGCUGUGAGCUGCUUGGAGCAGCAGCCCCGGAACAAGCCCCUGAAGGCUCUCGACACCAGGUUUGGGAGGAAGUUGAGCAUUAUCAGAGGAAUUGUAGAGCAGGAAAUUCAAGCUAUGGUUUCAAAGAGAGAGAAUAUUGCCACUCAUCAUUUAUAUCAAGCGUGGGACCCUGUCCCUUCUCUGUCUCCAGCUACUACAGGUGCCCUCAUCAGCCAUGACAAACUUCUGCUGCAGAUCAACCCCGAGCGGGAGCUGGGGAACAUGAGCUAUAAGCUCGGCCAGGUGUCAAUCCACUCUGUGUGGCUGGGGAACAGCAUCACACCCCUGAGAGAGGAGGAGUGGGACGAGGAGGAGGAGGAGGAGGCUGAUGUCCCUGCACCUUCGUCAGCACCCACAUCUCCAGUCAACUCCAGGAAACACCGGGCUGGGGUUGAUAUCCACUCCUGUUCGCAGUUUUUGCUUGAAUUGUACAGUCGCUGGAUCCUGCCGUCCAGUUCAGCCAGAAGGACCCCUAUUAUCCUGAUCAGUGAAGUGGUUCGAUCUCUUCUGGUGGUCUCAGACUUGUUCACUGAGCGCAGCCAGUUUGAGAUGAUGUACCUGACACUGACAGAGCUGCGGAGGGUGCACCCUUCAGAAGACGAGAUUCUCGUUCAGUACCUGGUGCCUGCCACCUGUAAGGCAGCUGCCGUCCUCGGAAUGGACAAGGCCGUGGCAGAGCCAGUCAGCCGCCUGCUGGAGAGCACGCUCAGGAGCAGCCAUCUGCCCAGCAAGAUUGGGGCCCUACAUGGCGUUCUGUACGUGCUGGAGUGUGACCUCCUGGAUGACACCGCAAAACAGCUCAUCCCAGUCAUCAGUGACUAUCUCCUCUCCAACCUCAAAGGAGUAGCCCACUGUGUGAACAUUCACAGUCAACAGCAUGUGCUGGUGAUGUGUGCUACCGCCUUCUACCUGAUUGAGAACUAUCCUCUGGAUGUAGGGCCAGAAUUCUCUGCAUCAAUAAUACAGAUGUGUGGGGUGAUGCUGUCUGGAAGUGAGGAGUCCACUCCAUCCAUCAUUUACCACUGCGUCCUGAGGGGCCUGGAGCGCCUCCUGCUCUCCGAGCAGCUCUCCCGGCUGGACGCAGAAUCCCUGGUCAAGCUGAGUGUGGACAGAGUGAACGUACACAGCCCACACCGGGCCAUGGCGGCCCUGGGCCUGAUGCUCACCUGCAUGUACACAGGAAAGGAGAAAAUCAGUCCAGGCAGAACCUCGGACCCCAGCCCUGCUGCCCCAGACAGCGAGUCAGUGAUUGUGGCUAUGGAACGCGUGUCUGUUCUUUUCGAUAGGAUCAGGAAAGGGUUUCCUUGUGAAGCCAGAGUGGUGGCGCGAAUCCUUCCUCAGUUUUUAGAUGACUUCUUCCCGCCCCAGGACGUCAUGAACAAAGUCAUUGGAGAGUUUCUGUCCAACCAGCAGCCAUACCCGCAGUUCAUGGCCACUGUAGUAUACAAGGUUUUCCAGACUUUGCACAGCACGGGGCAGUCGUCCAUGGUCCGGGACUGGGUCAUGCUGUCUCUCUCCAACUUCACGCAGAGGGCCCCGGUUGCCAUGGCCGUGUGGAGUCUCUCCUGCUUCUUCGUCAGUGCUUCCACCAGCCCGUGGGUUUCAGCAGUCCUUCCACACGUCAUCAGCAGGAUGGGCAAGCUGGAGCAAGUGGACGUUAACCUCUUCUGCCUGGUGGCCACAGACUUUUACAGACACCAAAUAGAGGAGGAGCUGGACCGCAGGGCCUUUCAGUCCGUGUUUGAGGUGGUUGCGGCACCAGGAAACCCGUACCACCAACUGCUGACUUGUUUGCGGAAUGUCCACAAGGUCUCCACGUGCUGAGCGCCCACCUGGUGUGGCAGUGAGGCAGCACUGGACCCAGGGCCCUGUCUGUGCUGGGGGCACUGGGCACCCCAGGCUGCCCUCACUUUGCCCCAUUGGGGAGCCAGGCAGUGUCCCUCCCAGCCGCGUGGCAGAAGCACUCUGUUGCAGAGAAUAUAUGCAGUACUGUUCGGGGUUGAGCCUGAGUCCUCACAGGAAGCAAGAGCAGCUGCGUUGCGAACCCUUCGUGCUAUAGCUAGUAUUAAAUGCCAGCUAACCAGGUGUUUAUCUUCCUCCUGAUGUUGUCACCAGGUGACAGCUGCUCUUGCAUCUGGGACAGAAGUUAAGUCCUCUGCUCUCGCAGGUUGGCCACUAGCCCCCUCUGGUGUCCAGUAGGCAGAAGGCAGUGCCAUCAGGCUUUAGAGAGCAUUCCCCCAAGGCUCCGCAGUGAGGCUCAGGAAGCCUGGGGCUCGUGGUCCUGCUCCUAGCAGGAUGUGCUUGUGGUACCUGGCAUCUGGACUGAACGUAGUGGCGUGCGCUCGGUGGAGUGGCUGGGAGCACGACACCCAGCACCAUGCUUCCCUUUCUCUGUUUCUUCUCAGGAUUUAAAAUUUAAUUCUAUCAGUAAAGAGAUUAAUUUUAAGGUA